GAUAAGCUUUUAUUUUUACUAAAGGCAAAGCUCGUAAUACACGAGCUUGAAAUCUCUUAAUUACAGUCGAUCACUGUGUCCGUUGAUUUUUUUGAGUAGGUGAUCGGCGUUGGAGACGAGGAGAAGAACCGAAUCCGAGUCUGAACCUGAAUUCGAAUCUCAACAGAGAGAUCCAAUUCCUUUGCCGCGAAGCAACUUCCACAGAAUUCGAAUACGGAAUAACAACUUCUUUUUCACCCUUUUUGCAAGGGCAAAGCACAGAAGCUUAUUUUCUCUCUCUGUGCGUUUGCUUUCAAUGGACGAAGUAAUGACGGCCGCUGAUUCAUCAUCGAACUUUCGAUUAGCUUCAUCUCAGCGGUCCUCUAUUCCCGUCAACAUUCCUCUUCUCUCUGCUUUUUUUGCCUUCGCUCUCGCUCAGUUCCUCAAGCUCUUCACUACCUGGUUCAAGGAGAAGAGAUGGGAUUCUAGAAGGAUGCUUGGAUCAGGUGGAAUGCCCUCAUCACAUACAGCUACUGUGACUGCUCUUGCAGUAUCUAUUGGUAUGCAAGAAGGAACUGCAGCACCAUCAUUUGCUAUUGCACUGGUCUUGGCAUGUGUUGUUAUGUAUGAUGCUACUGGUGUUAGGCUGCAUGCUGGUCGUCAAGCUGAAUUAUUAAAUCAAAUUGUAUGUGAGCUACCUCCAGAACACCCUGUCUCCAAUGUUAGACCUCUUCGAGAUUCACUAGGUCACACUCCACUCCAGGUUGCUGCUGGCGCUGCAUUGGGUAUCACUGUGGGUUUCCUCAUGAGAAGUUCCAGCUAGGGCAUGAUGCCACUAAUGGCAACGAUGCCACUAGUGGCAACGAUGCCUUGAGAGAUUGAAAAAGCUGUAAACAUUUCUUGCAAGCGUAGUUCACCCUUAACUUUAUGCUUUGUGGUUGUACUGAUCGUUAUCGCCUGGGUCCUGAGUUGUAGGAUAAGUCAAGUGUACAAAUUUAGUUCUACAGAAUUGUAUUUUCUUUAUGUUUCAUUUAUUUUCUUUUCCUUUUUAGGGUGUGGCUUUCACUAAUUCAAAGCAUAUACAAUGAGGUUUGUCCAGAUGACCUCGAUGUAUAUUACAAACCUCCAUGUCAGAGAAUUUUAAAGUUGGCCUGUGUAACAGUGUUAGAUAAGCACCUUCCUUUCUGUCCCCAUCUUGUUAGCCUCUCUUAUAACAUUGUAUUAUUAAAUAGAAAAUUGUCUCUGGAUUUGUAACCCAAAUGCUCUAUUUCUUCAUUUUGCAACUGUAAAUUUCAUUAUUUGAUUAUGAA